UUUGACAUUCAAAAUGAACUAAAGAACGGUCGUCGGUUGUUGUUUUGUUAUUGUUAUUAAGUUGCGUUUCACGCACUCCGUCAUUUUUUUCAGUUCGCCGAUUGGAAGCAAUAUUUUUUCCAUUUUUAUUUUUUUAUCGCGAGAAAAUGUUCGUCGCGUCUCCGCGCGAAAAUAUUUGCCGUUAAAAAAUAUUACUUCUCGCCGUGAAAUAUUGAUGCGAUUCACGUGACCGCGUCGGACUGAUUAAAAGUGCCUUCCAGUUUUUGUGCCUUUUUUUAUUUUUUUGGACGUCGCAGAUCAGAGAUAGACAGUAACCACGCGACUCAGCCAAGAUGGGCGCCAUGUUCAGAAGCGAGAAGAUGGCGUUGGCCCAACUCUUCAUACAGCCGGAAGCGGCCUAUUUUGCCAUUUCGGAAAUGGGCGAAACGGGCUGCGUCCAGUUCAGAGACUUGAACGCCGAGGUAAACGUUUUCCAACGUAAAUUCGUCAACGAGGUGCGCAGAUGCGACGAGAUGGAAAGGAAGUUGAGGUUCGUGGAGUCGGAAGUCAGGAAGGACAACGUCAGGAUUCCGGACGUUGUGGAUUUGCCCAAAGCGCCCAAUCCCAGGGAAAUUAUAGACUUGGAGGCCCACCUCGAAAAGACAGAGGGCGACAUCAAGGAACUCACCGAGAACUCUGUGAACCUAAAGUCGAAUUUUUUGGAACUGACGGAACUCCGUCACGUGUUGGAGAAAACGCAGACGUUCUUCAGCGAACAAGACGAAGCUAACGGUUACGAUUCUGCGCACAAAGCUCUUAUCCCUGAAGAACAGAAUGUCUCUAUACGGGGUAGAUUGGGAUUUGUGGCCGGUGUCAUCCAACGGGAACGCGUGCCCGGCUUCGAGAGAAUGCUGUGGAGAAUCUCCAGAGGGAACGUGUUCCUACGACAAGCCGAAAUCGAGAAGCCACUGGAGGAUCCCUCAACGGGCAACGAGUAUUACAAAACGGUUUUCGUGGCGUUCUUCCAAGGCGAGCAGCUCAAAUCUCGAAUCAAAAAAGUAUGCGCGGGCUUCCACGCCUCCCUCUACCCCUGCCCCAGCACCCAGCAGGAACGUGUCGAGAUGCUACAGGGCGUCCGCACUCGCCUCGAAGACCUCACCAUGGUGCUGAACCAGACCGAAGACCAUAGGCAAAGGGUGUUGGUAAACGUGGCCAAGGAGUUACAAAACUGGAGCGUCAUGGUUUGGAAAAUGAAAGCCAUAUACCACACGUUGAAUCUGUUCAACAUGGACGUCACCAAGAAAUGCUUUAUCGGGGAAUGCUGGGUUCCUUGCGACGAUAUACCCAACGUGCAGAAAGCGUUGGCGGACGGCUCGAGCGCCUGCGGCAGUUCCAUACCGUCGUUUCUCAACAUCAUCGAUACCAACGAACCCCCGCCGACCUUCAACAGGACCAACAAGUUCACCAGAGGAUUCCAGAACCUCAUCGAUGCCUACGGCGUGGCAUCGUACAGGGAAUGUAACCCCGCCCUGUACACCAUUAUAACAUUCCCAUUCCUUUUCGCUACCAUGUUCGGAGACUGCGGCCACGCCCUGCUGAUGACUUUUUACGGACUGUACUUGGUGCUUAACGAGAAAAAGAUCGCCGCGCAGAAGAACAAGAGCGAGAUAUAUUCGAUCUUCUUCGGCGGCAGGUACAUCAUCCUGCUGAUGGGGAUAUUUUCCUUCUACACGGGAUUCGUGUACAACGACAUAUUUUCCAAGUCGAUGAACAUCUUCGGGACCAGCUGGAAGGUCAACGUCACCGCUUUGGGGGCCAACUUCAGCGACGACCACGGCCACGAGGGGGCGGAGGUUCAGUUUACCCCGAGGGAUAACUUCUGGGGUACCCCGUACUUUAUCGGGGUCGAUCCGGCGUGGCAGGUCUCCAAAAACAAAAUCAUCUUCCUGAACUCGUUCAAAAUGAAGCUGUCCAUCAUAUUCGGUGUCACCCACAUGAUAUUCGGAGUGGUAGUGAGCACCUUCAACUUCGUCCAUUUCCGGAAGUACUCGAGCAUAGUGCUCGAAUUCCUUCCGCAAGUGCUACUCCUGAUCUUCCUGUUCUUGUGGAUGGUGGUGAUGAUGUUCAUGAAAUGGGCGAUGUAUUCCGGCACCUACGACGGAAUAGACACCAAACACGGGUCGUCGUGCGCUCCUUCCGUGCUCAUAUACUUCAUCAAUAUGAUGCUGUUCAAGGAGACGGUCGUAGACCCUUCUUGCGACCAAUACAUGUUCGAGAGCCAAGGCACGGUCCAGAUGGUUUUGCUGUUCGGUGCCCUGAUAUGCAUCCCAUGGAUGUUGCUGGGCAAACCGCUGUACAUUAAAUGCACAAGGAAGAACGGAAAGUCCGAGCAAUUGGUGAACGGAAAAAGUAAUGGCGACAUCAACCAAGGCAUGGAGAUGAACGAGGUCACUCAGGUAACUCCAGAGAAUGGUUCGGACGCUACUACAGCAGUCAUUAACGCGACACCGGCGGCUCACCACGAGUCGACCCAUCACGAGGAGGAGGAGCCUAUGAGCGAAAUUUGGGUCCACCAAGCGAUCCACACCAUCGAAUACGUGCUCAGCACCAUCUCACACACGGCAUCGUACCUUCGGUUGUGGGCUCUGUCGUUAGCGCACGCGCAGCUGUCCGAGGUGUUGUGGAACAUGGUGCUGCAGAUGGGAUUGAAGGCGGAAGGUUUUGUCGGUUGCGUCUACGUCUACAUAUUCUUCGGCGUGUGGGCAUUGUUCACGAUAGCAAUUUUGGUGCUGAUGGAGGGACUGUCAGCGUUCUUGCACACCCUCCGUCUGCACUGGGUCGAGUUCAUGUCCAAGUUUUAUAGCGGUUUGGGGUACGCCUUCGAGCCGUUCAGUUUUAAGGCAAUCUUGAACGCACAAGAGGAAGGGGAGGAGUAGUCCGGGGCCCCUCAAAC